UUUAUUUUUUAUUUUUUAUAUAAGUUAUAAAGUCUAAUUAAAAACAAACCCUAGCUAGAUUUUUCGACUCCUUCCAAUCUGUUCUCUACCACGAAGCUCUCUCUAAACCUUCGCAAACAUCCACAAAUCUAGCCGGCGACCUAGCGUAAUAGCGACCACAAAGCUCUCUGUAGUUGACGAACUGAGUAGCGGAGAGCAUAGACUGCGUUGAGCGGCGAGCAACAUCCGUCAACGACGGCUACGAGCAAGAAAUCGAAGGCGAGCAGUGUAUGGGUAUAUAAAUAUUUUAAUUGCGAUAUACACAGUCAAGAAUGCAUAUGGAGUACAAUGGAAUUAAGUCAGAAUAGUUAAGUAUGAACUGAUUUGAAUUGAUGGGACUUUCCUCUGCUGCAGUGCCGCCAUUAGAGGUUGCUGGCUUAGACUUGGGACCAGCCCUUAGUGAAAUUUGUGCUGCAAAUAGGUCAGAUGAGAAGCAGGUAACAACUAGCAUAUUUUAUAGAGUAGUUGGUACCACAUUUUGUCCAAAUCAUCUAGAUUGGUUUGGGACAAUUCAAGAAUUGCUGACUGAUCUAUAUUUUCAAAGUUCUUACAAGCACAUCCUGCUGAUUAUUCAACUGCAAAAUUACAGGAACUACGUUGCUGACCACAAGUUUACAUCACCACUUACCCCUCCACCGCCACCGGAGUGUGUUGUUGCAGGAGUUACUAAUGGUGGUACUCUCAAAAGGCACACAAUAUUUGCAACAGUCUUACAAAGUGAGUGAAUCUUUUCAUUUUAAAUGGAUAAACAAGAAGUGGGGAGAGGGCUUCUAUGUUAACUUGAUAACCACUGCUGGCAAUAUAUGGGCUAUAGUCAUGUCUCAUGGUGCUGUAAUUUUAGAUCAGGUUUAAGUUAAUCCAUAAUGUUUUCAUAGUGAAGAGUGUGGAUUGUGUUGUAGUUUAUACUCCCCGUAUUAUAUAUAUUAUAUUAUGGAUGUGUUGAUGGAUUA